AUGCGCAGCUCCACGUGGAGAGAAUUGGAAGCGGCCAAGCGACGUCUGUAUAGUACUGUGGGUCAGGUCAAAGGUCACAAUGUCAAAUUGUUAAUGGACAACAAGAGCGUGUGUGCUAUUGUGAAGGUCGGUAGCGGUUCUAAUUACGCAAGAAAUAUUGCACAGAAGAGAAUUGACAGCUUCUUCAGCGUAGGUCCAAAAACUGGGCUGUCUGAAAAAGGCACCGAUGCAACCGAGCCUAGUACAUCGCCCGGUACGUCUGGUGUGAAGGAGGGUCCUGAACCUAUGACUUUAGAUAAAGAUGAGCUCGUGGGGAUUGCGUACAGUCCCGAUGACUUGUAUCCUGAUCCAGCAAGGUUAACAAAGGCUUCAGAUGACUCGAUAAAUGUGAAAGUGCUGCAAAACAACAAAGAAUGGGCCAAAACUUUUAAGUUUCCGUCAAGUAUUGAGUAUGGAACGAAGCGUCAGUUCUCGGUAGAUUGGCUAGAGAAGUAUGACUGGCUUCGAUAUUCAGUUUCCGAGAAUUCAGUGUAUUGUGCUCCCUGUAUUUUGUUUGGUGCUUCAUCUCCAAAGGAGAAAACAUUCAUCAAUACCCCAGUAUCAAAAUGGUCUAACCUUGGAAAGUACAUCAAGAGACAUACCGAGCCUGGUUCGAGUCAUCAUAGCUGCUGCGCUAGUGCUAGUGGUUUUAUGAAAAUCAUCGAAGGGAAACAAGCAAGCAUUACAGCACAACUGUCGAGAAACAAAGUCGAAACUGUUGCUAAAAAUAGACAGGUGCUUAGAUCUGUUAUAGAGGUCAUCAUUCUGUGCGGUCGACAAAAUAUUCCACUUAGAGGUCAUGAUGACAACAAUAGUAACUUUACUGUCCUGUUGAAAGACAAGGCCAACAGGGAUGAAAUCCUGAAAACACACCUGUCCUCUAAAUCUAAGGUUACUUACACUUCGCCUAUGAUCCAAAAUGAAUUAAUCACUUUGUUGGGAAAUAACAUAAAAGGCAAGAUAGUUCAGCAGUGCAACGAUGCUAUUUGUUAUUCAUUUCUUGCAGAUGAAGCUACUGACGCGAGCACUAUGGAACAAAUUGCUAUGUGUGUAAGAUAUUAUUCUGAAACUGAACAGGACGUGCGUGAAGACUUUGUGGGCUUUGUGCAAGCAGAAUCUACAACAGGAGAGGCUCUUUUUAACAAGUUUAUUGAGGGGCAGCGGGACGCAGGAUUAGACAUCUCCAAGAUGAGGGGACAAGGGUAUGAUGGGGCCAGUAAUAUGUCUGGUUGUCAUCGAGGUGUGCAAGCUCGGGUCCAGCAAGUAGUUCCCCAAGCAAUGUAUGUGCACUGCAAAGCCCAUAGCCUUAAUUUGUCAAUUGUGCAUGCCUGUAUAGAGGCACUCGUCAGAAACUUGUUGGACACAGUACAACAAAUCGGAUUUGCUUUCAAGUACUCUGCCAAACGUCUUUUAGCUUUCAAAGAGGAGCUUGGCAACGAUCCCGUGGCACAGGAAGAGAUGCAGAAGAGAACACGUCUUCAAAGUCUGUGUGAGACGCGAUGGGCUAGUCGGGCUGACGCACUUUACACUUUCAAAGCUGCAUACACAUCAAUUGUAAGUGCACUGGAGGUGCUAGAACGAGAGGGAGACUCAAAAGCACGGAGCUACAGAUGCAGUAUCCUUGGGUUCGACUUCAUCAUCUCUCUAGUUGUGGUUGAAUUCGUCCUCCAGGGUGUUAUGCCUCUAAACAAGCUGCUACAGAAGCAGAAUAUCGACUUGAUCGAAGCAGCCAAGGAGAGUCGAGUUCUUAUAGCCACAUUUCGUGCAGAGAGAGCCGAUGAUGCUGUGUGGGAUGGGCUUUACGACAAAGCAGUUGCCAUGGCAGAAGACCAAGGAGUCGAGCCUUCAAAGCCUAGAACAGCUCGACGCCAACAGCACCGUGGCAACGUGCCUGCCGACUCUGUUUCGGAAUACUGGAAAAGAGCAUUGUUCUAUCCAUUUCUUGAUCAUCUAGUUGUGGAACUAGAAGACCGUCUUGUAUCCAGCAAUGAGAGGUUUAAGGCUCAAUAUCUCAUCCCAAGCCUUCUUCCUGAGCUCAGCCGAGAUCACGAGGAUUCCAUCUUCCAGGAGUAUGAGAGUGACCUCAGUGGGGAUCGGGAAGCCUUCCGAAAUGAGGUUUCUCGAUGGAAAGUAAGAUGGGAGCUGGAGGGGACAAAACCCUCAAAUCUUACUGACACAUUGAAGGCUACGAACAAGACUCUGUAUCCAGACAUCUUCACCUGUCUAGUUGUACUAAUUACGAUGCCAGUGUCUACCGCUACCGCCGAGAGGCAGUUUAGUAUCAUGAGACGCCUGAAAAACUACAUGAGAUCAACGAUGCUCACAGAACGGAUGUCUGGACUAGCCCUGUUGCACGCCUACAGACACAUGGAAAUAGAUAUUGAUAUUAUCAUUAACGAGUUUGCGGCCAGCAAAGGCCGCAAGUUAGACUUGCUGUGA